CGUCUACCUAAGCCGGAAAGGAACUUUUUUAAAUGUUAUUGUAUUUCGCAGGGACAACAAAUAGCAGGCAAAGGCCGAUGCUUCCGUCUUAUAUGACGUCCCCGUCUUGAUAAACAGGGGAACCUGUGUGAACCGUGUCCUCCUGACCCUGUGGGACCCCCGAGUGAUGAGGCCCCCGGGCCUGACCUCCAGAGGUGAGACUCUCAUUCACCCCCAGUUACCUGACAGGUCCUGACACUGGUAACCGAGUCAUGUUGGUCCCUCUCAUCCCUUCCAGUCCUCAGCCUGCCGGUCAGCCAUCCUCAGCAGAUGCCAGCCCCUCACCCUGCGCUGAGAAAAAUGGCUUGUUGUCUUUACCGUGGGAGAUGGUCACCCACAUCGCCUCGUACCUUCCUGCGCAGUGUGUCACCACUGUGCUGCCAAAGGUCUGCCAGACAUUGGGUAAUUUGGAAAAGGACAGCAGCGCAUGGCAACUCCGAGCACGUAGAUUAAUAGGAUCCCAAGCUGGCUUUCCAGUGGGGCCAAGGGAGGACUUUGACUGGCCUACUGCUUGCCUGGAGAUGGAGCAGCUGAUAAUCUGCUGGAAAGGCAGAGCGCAGCUUUUGCCCGGACAGGCCCAACCAGAGGAGGAGGAAAGUAAUGAAGUGAGGCAGCAGCAGCAGGCGGGGCAGGACAGGCAACCAGGCGAAGAGGGACAGGAUGGUGGCAGAGAGGCUGAGGUAGAAGGGGCAGGGGGGGCUCUGCAGGAGGCUGCAUAUGGUGCUGGUGAAGAAAUGGAGGUGGUAAUAAAAGAUGGUGAUGGUGAAAUGCAGCCCAUUGAAGGUGCGGACCAACUAGCAAGAUUAAGAGAAGAUUUAAAUGAGAGGGUGGAGAAUAUAGUAGCACUGAACGAAGAAGAAAUGGACCCCAGGAUGAUGUUCGAUGCUAAUGGGGAAGAUGGUGCUCUUAAUCACCAAGAGAACUUGGCUGACCCUGGGAAUCUGGGAGGUGGAAGACAGGGAGAGAUGGAACAAAGUCAACCCUGCAGAAGUCCUAGCCCACCCCCAGCACUGGAACGCAUCACCAUCCCUACAAACCACAUUGCCUCAGUCAACUCUGUUCUCCUUGUCGGGGGAGAGGGGAAAGUUUGCGCCACAGCUUCCAGAGACUGGAAUGUUAAACUGUGGGAUCUACAAGCAGGCUCUACUGGGACACUGCUGCACACAUUGGGAGGACAGGAUGCGUUACACACCCAUCGGGGCUGGGUCUGGUGCCUGGCAUCUCAAGGGUCUCUGCUGGCUUCAGGGUGCUUUGACAGCUCAGUGAGGCUGUGGGACCUGCAGGCAGGUGGUGCAGUUCGAGGCCUAAUCAGAACUGAUUCUGCUGUCCUCUGCCUGUCCUAUCAGACAGAUGUGUUGCUGGCUGGUACAAUGAACAAGACGAUCAUCAUGUGGGACACCAGAGCUGCCAGCCCCGUGGUGAAAAGCCUCUGUCUCCACGGUAAUGGUGUGAUGUGCCUGGCUGCAGAUGACCAGUACAUCAUCUCUGGGGGUAAAGACCACAAUGUAUACGUCUAUGAUCGCAGGGCAGGCAAAGUCUUGAAGAAACUUCGGCUGACCUCUUACCUGCGGUCCUUGAGCUACAGUGGCAGUGAGGUAUGGGCAGGAGACAGCAAGGGCAUGCUCCGCUCCUUUUCCACACAAGCAGGGACUUUCCAAGACAAGGAUUUGUUCAAGUUUGAUGUGGGACACACUGCUAUGAUCACUGGUGUCCACAGAUCUCAUGGGAGCCUCUACACUUGUUCAUCUGAUCGUACUGUCAAGGUACACAUCCCUUGUGCGCCUCCGAGGACAUUAUGCACACUGCAUCAUCAAGUUGGAGUCAGUGGGCUGAGUGUGGACGCUGGAGUCUUCGCUGUAGCCACAGGAGAUGUGUGUGUAGAUGUCUGGAGGCCCAGAAAAUGAAAGAGCAGCGCCUGCAAACUAUAGUAUGUGACAAGAAUGGAAAACAGAAGACAAAACACUACCUGCACCCAAUCAACACCAUACCUGUCUUUCAGCAUUUUGAAAUUUGGAAUACUUGAACAAGUGCUUUAUAUAAAUCAAACUGCUAUGAAUCUCUUAUCAAUCAAGAUGUUGGUAGUAAUUUAAAGGAGACAUAAGCUGUUUUCAUUUCCCCCCCCCUUUUUUUUUAAACGAUUAGUUUAUUGAGUUUUCAUUUUUAUAAAAACCAUACAACAAAACAAAAGAUCAAUAACAAAAAAUAAACAAUAGGUAAGUAUGUUUGUAUAUUUACAAAUUCCGAUCUUUUGCCACCUAUAAAUACAUACCCAGCAUCAUUCAGCACACCACACCGAAGAACAAAUACACAAUAUUUAUAUACACAUACGGUUAUAUAGAUAUAAAGGGUGGGUACAUUAGAAGAAGAUCAUUAUCUGUUCCUCAUCCGAUGGGAGCAGGUGUAUUACAUGACCUUACAUACAGAGGUUCAUGCUAUGCUUUAAAAAAUUUAAUUUAAAAUGUGUUUUUGAAUGUUGGAGCAUUCAUGCCUUAUAAAGUGAUAACCCAUAUUAAAAUGAAAACCUGAAUAUGAUUAUAAUAUGUCUCGUUUCACAAAUCAAUGUUCAAAGGUAAGGGUGUGAAUGAAGAUAGUUGUGGGACAUGUGGCCAAAUACCACUUUUAAUUUGUUGCACUUCCGAACAAAGAUCUUUUAAAAAAGUGUAAAACUAAUGUUUUGGGAAAAAGUGCUUCCUGUUGUUUAGGUUAGCUGCACUGCUAAACUUUAUGCUGAUUUUGAUAUAUGGCAGAGGUAUGUUUGGAAAACUUCAAGUCUCUUCACCUUCAUUUCUUCCUUGUUGGACUCAAAACACACAUACAGGAAUCAUAUCUGCUACUAAUGUCUGUCGCUGGCAUUCAGCGCUUUCAAAGAUGUUGGUUCCUUGUUCCAUUGUUCAUCUUCUUUAAAUUAUUUGUUUGUUUAACUAGCCUGGAAAAUUUAACAUUUAUAAUAUUCACAUGUUCACAAACAUUCCAGGAACUGACAUUGCAUUAGUUGGAAAACACAAUUAGAAUUAAUGAUCCUUCAUGUGCAUUGGAAUAUUUGUAAUCCUGAUACACUGAUUGUUAUUGUUUUUGAGGAUAUGUCUACAAAUGCUGCGUGUGUGUGUGUGUCUGCUUAAUUGUUUGGAUAAAUGUAACUAUGCAUAAUUUGCACUAUACUUGUCGGAUGCAAUGUUUAACCACUGAAAGACGGUUAACUCUGUCAUUAAAAUCUAGUGUCUGACUCA